AUGGAGUCGACUGAUCAGUACCGGCAGUGGCUGCAAUCACUUAAGUCUUUGCCUGAACCCAAAGCCUCUGAGGCACUGCGCCAGGCGCUACUCAAAGGUACAAGGUCUGGCGGUCUUACAUUCACAAGAGCAGGUAUCUUCCACUACUUCGAGCACGUACACCAUUACUUCGGCUGCCCAGAAGACGACCCAUGCGAUAAGGACAUACAAAUGGAACCACUAUGCUGGGAGCAAGCCCUCAUGAUCCCACUGAAGCACAUUAUCGAUGCAAACGCAGAGUGCGAUGCUCUGGUGGCCAAUCUUUGGCUCUGGUCAACUCUUUCUUAUAUUGUGAUCAAGUCCGAAGGCGACAUUCGCGCGCGGUGGCUCAAGAAGUCGGAAGCACAGCGGAGAGUCAUUCUAGAUAAGGCUUGGCCGUCAGGGGGGCUACCGACAAACCAUCGCCCGGAUAUCGACAGGUCCGUUCUUGAUACGUGCCCGCAUCAAAGGCAUUCGCAUAGCCUGGCGCAGUACGCAUUUCCUCACCUCAACCUUGAGGACCUCACCAAGCCGAAUCCGUUGCUCAUCCUUCUCAACGCUCGUGGCCGACACCCAAUGUGGAAAUUUGCCUUUCUCGAUUACGAAUUGGCUCCUCUCAUGCAUCUACGACCAGCGCUUCUUGAGAAGACAAAGUACACUAUGGGGCUCAACAACGAGAAAUACAGUCGGAUAAUUGAGUGCAACACGGAAGCCGAGGCCGCUGAAUCGAUGAUCAGGGGAGAUACCAUACAUCCUCUGCCUGGUUCACAUAUUCUGUCGAUGCAGAAGACGAUACUCCAAUUCCUUCUAUCGUGUGUCGGCGAAAUCAUGGAGGAUAACGCGAUAGUAGAAUCAGCCUACACCAAACUAAGGUCUAGAGAUAAUCCUAUCUCUUCUCUCGAUGAGGAUGCCGCAGAUAUGCCCGAGCCUCCAGCUUUGACUUGCAGCGACCAGGACUUCACCUCGCUCAACGCCAUUGUUCGCGAAGCCUGUUAUCGUGUACCCACGUUAGAGGAUCUCGGCCGACUUGAAGCACUGGUGUCGGCAUGUCAGAAUGCGGCCGAAGACCAUAUCUGGUUGCUUGGAGAGGACCCAGGAUACUUUCGAGACUCUACACUUGAACACAAAGAACACCGGCCUGAGCUAUUGCCAGGUAUCAGUUGCGGAACAAGACAUCGGGGUGGGUACGAUGAAGUUCUUUGGUCGCGUGUAUUGCACAGCAUGGCCACCGACUGCUACAUUGACCUGUUCAUGUGGAACGAAGUGCGACAGCGUAUUUCCGAGCUCAAUCGUCUUUCCCUGCUAUACAAAGAUGAGCUUGGAUUUGGAGAGUUUGGUAGCAAAGAAGAGCUUCCAGAAGACUUCUUGGAGUCACUUGUUGAGGCAUGGUCUUUUCUGGAGUUCUUCCAAUUGGAGAUCAUACAAGAGCUGAGGCUAGCCUGGUCGUCCUCUUUGGAGAUUCGCGCCUAUUUCUCCCAAGAAUGCAAUCACAGCGUUCAAGACAUGGUAGUGGGUAUCAAGUUCACCGGAAAAGUUGUUCGCAGGCGUGACAAAGAGCUGGAGCGCGUCUUCACGCUAUUCAAAUACCUCUGGGAGCCGCCUGUCCGACAGUCGUUGAAGGUGCACACCCUGGUGGAGACACUGGACAAUGUCCUUCAAAAGAACGAGCGAGCGAAAGACUUGACGUCCCCAUUCGUAGCUUCCCUCCUUUCCAAGCUGUCCAUAGUCUCAGAAUGUCUUCGUCAACUCAGCUUCUUCCUACCAUGGGCAAAGCGAGUUCAGUACUUGGCCAAACAGCGACAGACAGAACUCAUAACAGCCUAUGCUAUCAACCUCUCUAGGUGGCACUCAACGUUGAACACAACCUUCGAGGGAACCAACCUCGCUGAUCUCGGAAAGCCAGGCCCAAAGUUUCGCUAUCCAAUCAACAAGCGCCGAAGCAGGAUGAACGUCGAAAAUCUCAGGAGCGCGGAGGCGGCCCUGGAUGCGUUUUGGCAUGCCACAGACGCUCGCUUCAGGGAAUGUACCGGUACUACGCCUCACGACAUAGUCUCCAGUCUGAUCAAGGAGCGUGAACUACAGCGCACACCACUCUGGGUCGAGCCCAACGGCACCUCCGGACCCUCUACGCCCGUCGAAUACGUAUACAUUCCAAUAUCCAACGACCUCCACGACCCUACAAGACAGGUUACCGGCGUAUUCGACAAGAUUAACCUGGACAAUACCAAGAAAGCAAAAUCACACGGUCUGGCAGCCGAACAUGGUUACGAGAACAACCCCGACAUGCCAGCUGCUCCCACCAACAUCGACGAACAACCGACCUUCCGUCUCGAUAAGCGCGCGCACAAAGUCUUCAAGGUCUUAUUCCAUUCACCAUUUUCGCGCGACCAUCCUGGUGAUAUCCCCUGGCACGACUUCCUAUACGCCAUGGUAGCUACUGGAUUCGCCGCGCAGAAGCUGCAAGGCUCCGCCUGGCAGUUUACCCCGCGAAACCUAGAUGUGCAGCAGCCCAUCCAAUUCCAUGAGCCUCACCCGACACACAAGCUGCCUUUCACAUGGGCUCGACGCUUUGGUCGGCGUCUUGCGAGGACGUAUGGCUGGAGGGGCGAGAUGUUCCAACUUGCUUGA